UCAUCAUUCGAUCUGUUUUCGUUUCUUCCGAAAUUAAAUUUCCUUGGAGUUUUUCCCUUCUUGCUAAAUAAGUUUUGAGAAAUAUACUUCUGAUAGUCCGAAUUAGAUGUCUGGAAAAGAAAGAAAAGUAAAAGAGAGUAAGAAUCUUCGAAAAAAUGAGGAAAAGCUUUUGAAAACACAUGUUACCGAAGAUCAACAGCUUUCAGCACAGAAAUAUGAUUUAAUAAUGAGAUUGAAGAACGACUUGGAAUCAUGCCAAGAAAAUAUUGAAGAGAUAAAAACUGAUCGAGAAAAGCUGUUUUCAAUGGCUCAUAAAGGUGCUGCAUUACCAAUAAUACCAAUUCAAGACACAGUCCCCUAUACAAGUAGAGUAAGUGAAUGGAUUAAGUCUUUAGAAAUGGAUGACAUUGACGACCCAAUUUCACUAGAACAACAAACACCAGAUCUUGGUAUUCAAUGUGAAGUACGUAAAGAAAAUCAGAAGGGUUCUUAUUUUGCAGCAGUAGUGCAAAUAGAAGAUGGAAUUUCACCAACACAAGAACAACUCCCUUAUGAAUUUGGAAAGAAUGAAUUACACUCUAACAAACAAAAUAGUCAACUAAUUUCAUCAUCUGAACAAUUGCCAGCUCAAGUUUCUAACAGCACAGACAAAGAGAAAUCUAGUUUUGCAGCAAGAAGUAAAGCAAAUCCACUUUUACUGAUGCGACAAAUAAGAGAUCAAGCUACUGAAGAAAGCGAGAAGGAUGGUGCCAGUUUUCUAGAAAGAAUCAUGUCAAGUAGAAAGGCAAGAGGUCGUGGUACGACCAAAAAACGAGCUCAGAGGGCAACGUCAAAUGUGUUUGCCAUGUUUGAUCAAGCUCAAAUACAAGAGUUUAAAGAAGCAUUUAAUAUGAUAGAUCAAAAUAGAGAUGGCUUUAUAGAUAAAGAUGAUCUUCAUGACAUGUUGGCAUCAUUAGGAAAAAAUCCUGAAGAUGAUUUUCUUGAAGGAAUGAUGAAAGAGGCUCCUGGACCAAUAAAUUUCACAAUGUUUUUAACAUUAUUUGGAGAGAGAUUACAGGGUACAGAUCCAGAAGAUGUGAUAAAAAAUGCUUUUGCUUGCUUUGAUGAAGAAAAUUCUGGGAGAAUCAAUGAAGAACGUUUGAGAGAACUUCUGACUACAAUGGGUGACAGAUUUACUGAUGAAGAUGUAGACGAGAUGUAUAGAGAAGCUCCCAUUGAUAAGAAUGGAAUGUUUGAUUACCUUGAAUUUACUAGAAUUUUGAAGCAUGGUGCCAAAGAGAAGGAUGAUCAGUAGCAAACCAAUGAUAAUUACUUAUUAAUGCAAUCAUACAUUUCCAAACUUGAUACUUGAAGCUGGUGUUUUGCAGUUCAGUACUUAUGCGAGGAAGUACUUUAUUAAACUGUGCAGUCAUUUUAUAGAAUCAUCAAGUUUUAAGUUAUAUAUAUAAAGAUGAAUAUGGCUUUAUUUAUGAUCAUCAUAUCAAAAGAACAGUGCUCUCUGGGCUUUGCUUUGAGUUGGUUUGUGUUUUGGAGUGCCAAGCUUUGGAUCUAAAGAUAUUAAAUCAUUAUUGUUUCUUUUUCUUCCUAUUUUUAAAAAUCAUAUUUAUAACAUCUUAUGUUUAUAAAAAAAAGGAUUUGCCUUUCCAAAGUUUUAAAAUUUUUGGAGACAAUUUUUUAAAAAAAAUUAUUAUAGUUGUUAUAAUUGUGUUUAUUUCUUAAAAGUCUAUGAUGAUAUUUUUGCUAUGUUUUGUUAGAUAAAUCAAUUAAUUUUUAAUCAUAAAUGAAAAAGUAGAUUACUUUAUACUCCAUAUUUUCAACCCUGCUAUCUUUUUUGCUGUUUGUGUUUUUGCAUUUAUUUUUCUAUUUUUAUAUCAAUACAUUGUAUUGAAAGUGAACUAUUGGAAAUAAAUGCCUUCGUUAAUAUGA